AUGCUGUUUUUCCUUUUGUCUGGGCGUUUGCCCUUCGUCGCGGCCACUGUGAAGGCAGAUGCUUCAGAAGAUGGAGCAUCAGCGGCCGACUGCACAGAGCUGUUUGAAGGGUACCUACUGGCCGAGGCCGAGGCGGAUUACAUCUACUACUUGUCUAUUACAUGUAUCCAUGAUGGCGAAGUCCCCGGCAAUGGAAGGGUCCAGCUCUGCAUCAGGGGCGUGCACACCUUCGUCAGGUUCACAGAUGAAGGCUGCUUUCAGCAUCUGACGUGGAGAGGCCGCUACCACUCCGAAGACCAUGCGGCAAGCUACGAGAAGAAGGCCUGUCCAUUGGCCGCGUCUGGCAAUCGAAAUCGGCUUGGCCGACAGCUGCUGCAGUGGUACCGCGCGCAUGCGCUGGGCUGCUUUGGGCGACGAAUCAUCAGGCACCGCGGCUGCCCAACCUUCCAAGCACCAGGUGCCCACGGCUCCGUCGAAGCAGCUCUUUGGAGGAGUCAGCAAUACCUGCAUCCCAAUGUUUGGUCGAGUGAUGAUGUCCCCCCCUUCUCCAUGAGUGAUGUGGCGCAGGCCUGCUUGGUGGGCUCACCAAACCACUUCGACUGGCGACGGGAGAAGCUGUUGGAUUGGGUACGGUUGGGAAGUUGUGGCAAGGUUGCCGGGUCGAUCAAACUGUCAGAGAACUCCUCGAGCUGCGCGUGCAGCGAGCUGUGGUCCGUGUGGUGUAGAGGUCCCAGCGCGGUGCGCUUUGCGCAUGGAUCGACGCCCUUCAGCAACACCGCUUUUGCUGACGAGACUUGCUGGUGUGACGGUGGACAUCGCGAGGAGCCGAACUGGCCAUCCUGGCUGGAAGCAUCACACCUGUGCACCACCUUCUUGCAGCUCCCAUUGCUUUGGGAUGGCAUAGGCUUCGACAAGGAUGGCAUCAUGUGGGAGAACAAAAACAUUCGGAACGUCCGCACAUUCUACGGGCACGUUGUCCAUGUUGGCCACUAUCGGCGUGCGGCAGCACACCACUGCGACAGUGCGCUGAGGGAGACAGGCGACAUUGGUGCUGCCAGACAUGGCCGGCUGGUCUUGAGGGCUUUGCUACCAACAUACUACCGCCAUGUUUAUGCGCGUAAUGUGGCUAACGUCAUCCAGCACGGCAUCACCGCAACUACGAAGUUGGACGACGUCUUUGCUGCAGAAGUUACCGAGGUGUGCAGAACAUCCUCUGGUUGGCUGGACCACAUGUGGAGAUACGACAACCUCCGCAGGGGCUACCUGCUGUCUCAUGACGCCAUGAGCAGAGACAUGGACACCUGCGACACUUCAUGGCCAUGCCACUAUGCCAGAGUGGGGGAAGCGAACUUCGCACCAGAUGAUGGCUGCCUACUUUGCGACGCAGAGCACCCAUGCUUUCAGAGCAGGGAUGAAGAGGCUUGCACGAGUCUGGAUUAUACCUUCCCGGGGUGGUUUCCAACUUGCAGCUACGGCUACGGCGAGCAGUUGUCGUCCUUGCUGUGCGGCUGGGAGGGGUGCACAUGCUCGCGGGCUAUUUGUUGGUACUUCUCCUCAGACUUCAAAGCCGGCAUGCGCUGGAUAUCAGGGUGGGGAUGCAGCCACUAA